AGCCCUAGAUCUAAGUUCCCUUUUCAUUUUCUUUCUUCUUCUUCCUUCUAGAUCUGUUUAUCUCCUCUUCUCUUUCCUCCAUUUCUGCACACAUUUUCUUCGUUUAUUUCUCCACCAUUUCAGUAGCUAACGGUUGUUGUAAGAACUUGUGAACUUCAAAUCCUGAAUCCUUUUCUGGUUCGUUUAGUGAGGCAUAAUGUGCGAGGGUGCUAUCCCAAAACUCGGUACCACCAUCCACAUCUCAGCGCUCGACGGAAUCAUCAACGUUAACUCCCUUUUCACGCUAGCCGUGUUCAUCGGGCUAGCUUGGAACCCACAUGAUCAAGGUAAUAGUCUCUCUCAGGACCCGAGUUGUAUCGCGGAGCCCAAGGUUGUGGAGGACCUUGUAGCCUUUCAUGUGUACUCAUUUAGUUGUUUCCUCUUUUCUAGCCUCAUUGCCUUGUGUCUUAAGCAAGCUAUUCGACUGGCUAAGUCAGCACACUUCCCAACCGUCUUCACGGUUGACUUAGCCCUAAUCAACAAAACCGCCCUCCGGGUCGGGUACUUGGUCUCGGCUGCGGGGUCGGUUCUCGGGUCGGUUUUUUUGAUGCUAGGUUUGAUCAAUGUGGUUCAAAUCAAACUUGGAAUUUUGGGGUGUGGGAGUAUGCAUACUUAUGGAGCUGUUAUUCCCCUCGUGAUUUUUGUGCCAUUAGGGCUACUUAUUUAUGUUUGUACUGUUUUUUAUGCUUUCACUCGUUAAUUUGAUCAAUGUAUAAUUAAUUAAUUAAUCGAUACAUUAACAAAAAAAUUAACUAUAUUUUCUAUCACCCCUAAAUGCUAACUUGGACAUUGUAUAAAUAUCUCAAUUUGAUAUUUUAUUAUUUGUGUCUUC